AAAGCGCGUCGUUUUUAUGCGGAGGAAAUUAUUUCUAAUUCACCAACGAUUUCUUUACAAAAUCAGCAGAAAUAUCGUAUUUUGUGCACUGCUGUUAGUUAAACGUUAACAAUAUGGGCGAGGACGAGAAUGCGGCCGAUAUAACAUUAACGGCUGCUUAUCAAACAACAGGGCCAAAUGAUAUUGAAGCCUCUUUUCUACAGUACAUAGAAAUGGAAAACUUCAAAAGCUAUAGAGGACAUGUUGUGGUGGGGCCACUUAAACAAUUUACCGCUGUAAUCGGACCCAAUGGGUCGGGGAAGUCGAAUUUUAUGGACGCCAUCAGUUUCGUCAUGGGAGAGAAAACCACCAGUUUGCGUGUCAAACGUCUGAGUGACUUAAUUCAUGGCUCUUCGAUUGGCAGACCUGUGGCACGUAGUUGCUACGUCACAGCAAAAUUCAUUGUCAACGGCGAAUAUCAGUUGGAGUUCCAGCGUUCCGUUAUUGGUGGCUCAUCCGAGUACCGUAUUAAUGGGAAUAGUGUUUCCAGCUCAGCGUAUUUAGCCAGACUUGAGAAGAUGGGUAUAAAUGUAAAAGCUAAGAAUUUCUUAGUUUUUCAAGGUGCUGUUGAAAAUAUUGCCAUGAAGACGCCGAAGGAAAGAACUUCAUUGUUUGAAGAGAUUAGUGGAUCUGGUUUGCUUAAAGAGGACUACAAUCGUCUUAAGCAGGAAAUGGUUUUGGCAGAGGAGGAAACACAAUUUACAUAUCAAAAAAAGAAAGGUAUAGCAGCUGAACGUAAGGAAGCCAAGCAUGAAAAAAUGGAAGCAGAACGCUAUGCUCGUCUAAAAAAUGAAUAUAAUGAGAAAAAGGUGGAAUACCAACUUUUUCGACUCUUCCAUGUGGAAAAAGAUAUCCAAAAACUUAAUGAAGAACUUGAACUGAAGCAAAAAGAUGUCAAAGAAGUAGAAGAACGUAAAGCGCAAGUAGAUGACGUUCUCAAGGAUAAGAAAAAAGAUGCGGGUAAAUUGAGUCGUGAUUUGGCAAAAGUGGAUCAAGAGAUACGUGAAUUUGAAACCCAAAUGAACAAAAAACAUCCCCUCUAUAUCAAGGCAAAAGAAAAGGUGGCUCACUGUCAGAAAAAACUAAAAUCUUUGGCUAAAACACUUGAAACAGCCAGAGAAGCGGACAAUGCCCAUCAACAAGAUGUGCGCAAAUUGGAAAAGCAGCUCAAUGAUGUGGAGCAAUUGAAAAAACGUUUUGAAGAUGAAAUAUCAAAUGAGUCGACGCGCCGUGGCAAAAGCGUUCACAUGGAGGAGGGUCUUGUUCAAGAAUAUGACAGUCUAAAGCAAGAGGCUGAAGCCACUGCCACCAAAUAUCGUUCUCAGUUAGACUCUGUAAAUCGCGAACAGAAAUCUGAUCAGGAUUUAUUGGACGGCGAAACUAAUCGUAGGGCUUCGGUAGAGGAAGCAGUAAAAAAACUGACAUUGCAACGCGAGGAAGCCGUCAAGAGACGUGACAAGUUAAUGGACCACAUUAAAUCAUCGGAGGCCGCUUUAGAAGAACAAAAUCGCAUAAAGGACGAAUUAAAACGUGAUGUUGGCUGCUCGAAGGAGAAAAUUGCCGAGAUACAAAGCAAAUUAGAGGAUGUGCGAGAUCAAUUAGGCGAUGCCAGAAGCGACAAACAUGAGGAUGCCAGGAGGAAAAAGAAACAAGAAGUAGUGGAACUCUUCAAGAAACAGGUGCCUGGUGUGUACGACCGCAUGAUUAACAUGUGUCAGCCGACUCAUAAACGAUAUAAUGUUGCAGUAACCAAAGUUUUGGGCAAAUUUAUGGAGGCCAUUAUUGUUGACACUGAAAAAACAGCUCGUCAAUGCAUCCAGAUUUUGAAAGAACAAAUGUUGGAGGUCGAAACGUUUUUGCCCUUGGAUUAUCUACAAGUGAAACCGUUAAAGGAACGCCUGAGGAAUAUAAGUGAACCUCGGAACGUAAAAUUAGUGUUCGAUGUUUUGAAAUUUGAACCCAAGGAGAUUGAACGUGCUGUUCUUUUUGCAACUGGCAAUGCUUUAGUUUGUGAAACACCCGAGGAUGCCAUGAAAGUAGCUUAUGAAUUGGAUCGCUCUCGCUAUGAUGCCCUAGCUUUGGACGGUACAUUCUACCAGAAAUCUGGUCUUAUAUCGGGCGGUAGUCAUGAUUUGGCACGGAAGGCCAAACGAUGGGACGAAAAACAUAUGGCACAAUUGAAAAUGCAAAAAGAGAAGCUUAGCGAGGAGCUAAAGGAACUAGUUAAAAAGUCGCGAAAGCAAAGUGAACUGGCCACCGUGGAAUCUCAAAUCAAGGGCCUGGAAAAUCGUUUAAAGUAUAGCAUGGUGGACUUGGAAUCUUCAAAGAAGUCCAUACAACAAUUCGACAAGCAAUUGCAAACAGUCCAAAGCCAAUUGGAUGCCUUUGGGCCUAAAAUAACUGAAAUCGAAAGACGCAUGGAAAAACGUGAAGAGCACAUACAAGAGAUCAAAGAAAACAUGAACAAUGUAGAGGACAAAGUCUUUGCUGCAUUUUGCCGUCGUUUGGGAGUAAAAAAUAUACGUCAAUAUGAGGAACGUGAACUGGUGAUGCAACAGGAACGAGCCCGCAAACGUGCUGAAUUUGAACAGCAAAUUGAUGCGAUUAACACCCAGUUAGAUUUUGAGAAACAAAAGGAUACCAGAAAAAACGUUGAUCGUUGGGAACGCAGUGUUCAAGAUGAAGAAGAUGCUCUCGAAAAACUACGUGCUGCUGAAAAACGCUAUUUAAAGGAAAUCGAUGAAGACAAAGAAAAAAUGGAAAAGUUCAAACAAGCAAAAGCAGAAAAGAAACAAGCGGUUGAUGACAUGGAGGAAGAAAUUGCAAAGGCUCGUAAAGAUGUGGCCAAUUUAGCCAAAGAAAUUCAUAAUGUUGGCUCUGUGCUAUCAUCGAUCGAAUCAAAAAUCGAAACAAAGAAAAAUGAACGUCACAAUCUGCUGAUGCAAGCCAAGAUGGAUUGUAUAGGUAUACCCUUAAUAAAAGGAUCGCUGGACGAUUGUGUGGGUCAGGGUGAAAUCGAUAGUAAUACUCCUUCAACAUCGGCAAAUGCUGUGGUGGACAAGGAAACCAACAUUGAAGUUGACUUCUCCCGCUUACCACGUGACAUCUGUAAACUGAAAGACGACUCAAGUUUCAAAAAAAUGAAUGACACAUUGCAAAAGGAUCUGCAGGCAAAGCUGGAUGUGUUGGAGCGUAUACAAACACCAAAUAUGAAAGCAGUACAGAAGCUGGAAAGUGUUACGGAAAAGGUGCAAAUAACUAACGAAGAAUUUGAAAAUGCCCGCCGCAAAGCGAAAAAGGCCAAAGCAGCUUUUGAGCGUGUGAAAAAUGAGCGUUCGGAGAGGUUCACACAGUGCUGCAACCAUAUUUCCGAUGCCAUCGAUGGUAUUUACAAAAAGCUGGCGAGAAAUGAAGCAGCUCAAGCCUAUUUGGGCCCCGAUAAUCCCGAGGAGCCAUAUUUGGAUGGAAUAAACUACAAUUGUGUAGCACCUGGCAAACGUUUUCAGCCAAUGAGCAAUCUCAGUGGUGGUGAAAAAACUAUUGCGGCCUUAGCUUUAUUAUUUUCCAUACACAAUUACCAGCCAGCACCUUUCUUUGUACUCGACGAAAUAGACGCAGCUCUGGAUAAUACAAAUAUCGGAAAAGUAGCUUCAUAUAUACGCGAUCACACAACAAAUCUACAAACGAUUGUGAUUUCCCUAAAAGAAGAGUUUUAUGGGCACGCCGAUGCUUUGGUGGGCAUUACACCAGGCGAUGGCGAUUGUUUAGUUUCCAAGGUGUAUUUGUUUGAUUUGACUAAGUUCUAUGAUAAGUAAUGUUGCCUUAAUGUUCGUUAUAUCUGUUAAGAUGCCAACAUUUCAUUACAAUAAUUUGAGUCGAAAGUUUAUAUCAUACCCAGUUUUUUAUGCGGAUGGUGCAAAUGAAUUGACUCCUAGAUACAUAUGCCACAUUCGAUAAAUUCGGAUCUAAAGUUUGUUUUCUUGGGGAAAAAAGAAAAUCAGCUUGAAAAAGAUUACGAAAAAACAUUUUUUCCUUCCGUAUGACGUAUUGUAAAGUUUAUGUUAAACACACCAAUGUAGUGUAAAUGAACCACAACCCAUUCUAAUAUUAAGAAGAUCAAUGUAAACUAUAUAUCGAUGAAAUAUUGUUUGUACAUUUCUUAUGACCACAAUAAAUAUAAAAAAUGUGUAAUGCAAA